CACAGCCGACCGAGGGCAGCGGCCGCCCGGGAGGCGCACGGAGCAGGGGCAGCGGCUCGGCUCCGGCGCAAUCGAGCGCCCGGGACCCCGCGGCCGUGGGCGAGGGAGGCGUGCCCUGGGAAGGUGCCGCAUCUGGGACUCGAAGAAUUUUAGGUGAUGGGCAAAUCAGAAAGUCAGAUGGAUAUAACUGAUAUCAACACUCCAAGGCCAAAGAAACAACGAUGGACCUCACUGGAGAUCAGUCUCUCCGUCCUUGUCCUGCUCCUUACCAUCAUCGCCGUGACGAUGAUCGCACUCUAUGCAACCUAUGAUGAUGGCAUUUGCAAGUCGUCAGACUGCAUAAAAUCAGCUGCUCGACUGAUCCAGAACAUGGAUGCCACUGCUGAGCCUUGUACAGACUUUUUUAAAUAUGCCUGUGGAGGCUGGUUGAAACGCAACGUCAUUCCUGAGACCAGCUCCCGUUACAGUAACUUUGACAUUUUAAGAGAUGAACUAGAAGUCGUUUUGAAAGAUGUUCUUCAGGAACCCAAAACUGAAGAUAUAACAGCAGUGCAGAAAGCAAAAACACUGUACAGAUCUUGUAUAAAUGAAUCCGCUAUUGAUAGCAGAGGCGGAAAACCUCUACUCAGUCUACUACCAGAUAUAUAUGAUUGGCCCGUAGCAACAGAAAACUGGGAGCAGACCUAUGGUCCUUCUUGGACAGCUGAGAAAUCUAUUGCACAGCUGAAUUCUAAAUUUGGGAAAAAAGUCAUUCUUAAUUUUUUUGUUGGCACUGAUGAUAAGAACUCUGUGAACCAUAUAAUUCAUAUUGAUCAGCCUCGACUUGGCCUCCCUUCCAGAGACUACUAUGAAUGCACUGGAAUAUACGAAGAGGCUUGUAUAGCAUACGUGGAUUUUAUGAUUUCUGUGGCCAGAUUGAUUCGUAAGGAGAAAGGACUGCCCAUCGAUGAAAACCAACUUUCUUUGGAAAUGAAGAGAGUUAUGGAAUUGGAAAAAGAAAUUGCCAAUGCUACAACUAAAUCUGAAGAUCGAAAUGAUCCAAUGCUUCUUUAUAACAAAAUGACAUUAGCCCAGCUCCAAAAUAACUUUUCACUAGAGAUCAAUGGGAAGCCAUUCAGCUGGUCAAAUUUUACAAAUGAAAUCAUGUCAACUGUGAAUAUUAAUAUUCCAAAUGAAGAAGAGGUGGUUGUUUAUGCUCCAGAAUAUUUAACCAAACUUAAGCUCACUCUUACCAAAUAUUCUGCCAGAGAUCUUCAAAAUUUAAUGUCCUGGCGAUUCAUAAUGGAUCUUGUAAGCAGCCUCAGCCGAACCUACAAGGAGUCCAGAAAUGCUUUCCGCAAGGCCCUUUAUGGCACAACAUCAGAGACAGCAACGUGGAGACGUUGUGCGAACUAUGUCAAUGGGAAUAUGGAAAAUGCUGUGGGAAGGCUGUACGUGGAAGCUGCAUUCGCUGGAGAGAGUAAACAUGUGGUUGAGAAUUUGAUUACACAGAUCCGAGAGGUUUUUAUCCAGACUUUAGAUGACCUCACUUGGAUGGAUGCUGAGACGAAAAAGAAAGCUGAGGAAAAGGCCUUAGCAAUUAAAGAAAGAAUUGGCUAUCCUGAUGACAUUAUUUCAAAUGACAACAAACUGAAUAAUGAAUACCUCGAGUUGAACUACAAGGAAGAUGAAUACUUUGAGAACAUAAUUCAAAACUUGAAGUUUGGCCAAAAUAAACAACUAAAGAAGCUCCGAGAAAAGGUGGACAAGGAUGAGUGGAUAAGUGGAGCAGCUGUAGUCAAUGCAUUUUAUUCUUCAGGCAGAAAUCAGAUAGUCUUCCCAGCUGGCAUCCUGCAGCCCCCCUUCUUCAGUGCUCAGCAGUCUAACUCAUUGAACUAUGGGGGUAUCGGCAUGGUCAUAGGACAUGAAAUCACCCAUGGCUUCGAUGACAAUGGCAGGAAUUUUAAUAAGGAUGGAGACCUUGUUGACUGGUGGACUCAACAGUCUGCAAAUAAUUUUAAAGACCAAUCCCAAUGCAUGGUGUACCAGUAUGGAAACUUCUCCUGGGACCUAGCUGGUGGACAACAUCUCAAUGGAAUUAAUACACUGGGAGAAAAUAUUGCUGAUAAUGGAGGCAUUGGCCAAGCAUACAGAGCCUAUCAAAAUUAUGUUAAAAAGAAUGGUGAAGAAAAACUACUUCCUGGACUUGACCUAAAUCACAAACAACUAUUCUUCUUGAACUUUGCCCAGGUGUGGUGUGGGACCUACAGGCCAGAGUAUGCUGUCAACUCCAUUAAAACAGAUGUUCACAGCCCAGGGAAUUUCAGAAUUAUUGGGACUUUGCAGAACUCCCCUGAGUUUUCAGAGGCCUAUCAUUGCCGCAAGAACUCAUACAUGAAUCCAGAAAAGAAAUGCCGAGUUUGGUGAUCUUCAGAAAAAACGACGUAGCCUUUGGUUAGCCUUGCCAACACCAUGAAAAUGGGAAACUCUGUCCAAGAGAAAAUGGGCCACCAAAGUCACUGUAAUUACAUGGGGGUAGUUAACAGAGAUGAGAGAGCAUCAUUUAGAAACGAAGUUAGGUUAUUCUGGAAAAGGUAUGGAGAGGAGGGGUGGGGUCUGGUGUCUAUCAAAUCAAUCACUUCUCACUGUGUAAAUAACGCUUUAUGUCUAAAGAUAUUACCAUUCAUUUCUGUUUCUCAUACGAUCUGCCAGUUUGAUGUCACCUCUUGAAAACAGUGUUAACCUCUUGAUGUAGACUGGGAUUUCUAAUCAAAGGGAGAAGGAAGAGAUUGGAGAAUACAGUUGGCUCUAAAAGCACAGCAGUGGCAUGAGAGUUAAAACACACAUUGCCUAAUUACUUAUUUUUAUUUUUAUUUGUAACAUUUAUGCUCCUGGAAAAAUCUUCCAAAGAAUUCUUAUACAUGUUGGGGCCGUGGGACUUAAUGUAAUUUUAAACCAGUUUUGCCAAUCAUCAGUUAUUCAUCCUGAAAUCAUUGUAUUUUAAGCUACUCUUAGGGCGAAAAUGAAUGUCUGAAACUAUUUUUCAUUAUACCUGCUUUCACUGAUGUUGAAAUUCUCAAGGCUCCCUGCAAUUUUCUAAGCAAUUUCUUGUUCUCUCUCCCUCUCAAAACUUGAUCUUUUUAAGAGAUUUGUAGUAAUGUAUAAAUAAUAAUUUUUAUAUUUAAUUAUUACAUUUAUGACUAAGUAAUUAUUAUUAUAGGUAAUCACUGAAUAUCGAAGUUUCAGACAGAUAGUUCCGAACCAAGAUCUGUAAAGUGAUGUACAGAUGAAGAUUUGAGAUUUUUACACUUAUAAAUCAUAUUGAUAAAAAACUUUAAGCACAAACUAGGUGAAAAAUGGCCAUUGGACAGUUGUCUAAAGAUACAUAAGACCUGUGGUUUACAAUCAGGAUUUUCAGAAUAAAAUCUGUCCCUGAGGUGGCUCCGAUAAAAGGGCAUCUAUAUAGCUCUGCAUCUCUUUAUCUUUUCAGGUUUGUUGUCUGAUGGAAAUAUUUUGAUAAUAAAUUGAAACUGUGAGCCCAUUA